CUGCUCUAGAGUGGUGGCGGCGGAGGAGCACUUUGAAAUGAAAGUUUUAUAUAAAUACAAGGGAUUAUUAUUGUUAUCAUACUUUGAUUAGGUACUGUUGGUCUUAUUAUUUAUUAUUUUCUUCGGCCAUGCCGCCCGGUUCCUCCCCCUCCCCUAAGAGGAGUCCACGUCUCGCGUGACUUUAACAUUUUCAAGAUGGCAGCGUCCACGAGCAGGAGUGGCAGAGGCAAGGGAAAUAAUAUUUCUCCGACAAACGAAGAGGCAGAGGGCGAAAAACCAGAACUUUUGCCCGGCUUUAAGGAUGCCGAUUCAUUUGUGAAGCACGGCUUGGGAACUGUAGUAGCGGCCACGAAAGCUUCUGCAAAUCUGCCGCAGGCUGGGGACGAAUUCGACUUCUACCGGAGCUUUCCCGGAUUCCAGGAGUUCUGCGAAACGCAGGGAGAAAGACUUUUGCAAUGUAUGAGUCAACUGAUGCAGUACCAUAGCUGCAAAUCUCACAUGAGAGAUCGCAACAAAGUGACUGGCCUGGAGGAGAGAUUCGACUUGCUGGUUGACUCCAAUGAUGUCAUACUGGAGAGAGUGGGAAUACUACUGGAUGAGGCUUCAGGAGUGAACAGGAACCAGCAGCCCAUCUUACCAGCUGGUAUUCAGCCUCCAAAGACCAUCGUAUCUAGCUGGAACCGCAAGAGCAGGGAUUCCAGCAAGGCGGCCAAGUCUGAGACAUUUCGCCUUCUGCACGCAAAAAACAUUCAGCGUCCUCAGCUGAAGUUUCGGGAGAAGGUCGACAAUUCUAACACACCCUUCGUCCCCAAGAUCUUCGUCAAACCCAACGCGCUGAAAUCCCUUCCAACGUAUUUUACAGACCAAAAAAUCCGCAAGGAGAGGCCUGAAGAUCUGGAUGUGCCUCCAGCACUGGCAGAUUUUAUCCACCAGCAGAGAACACAGCAGCAUCUAGAUGACAUGUUUGCUCACCCAUAUCAGUAUGAGCUGGACCAUUUUACUGUGCCAGAGAAUUUGCUUUCCAAGCCAGAACCCCAAAUGUAUAAACCGCUCGCAGAAACAAAUUGCCAAUUUAUCAACUCGAUGGAGGACCUGGUUGAACUGAAUGAAAAACUGGCCAAGUGCUCUGAGUUUGCAGUGGAUCUGGAGCACCAUUCCUACAGGAGUUUCCUGGGAUUGACCUGUCUGAUGCAGAUCUCGACCAGAGACGAAGAUUUCAUUAUUGAUACAUUGGAGUUGCGCAGUGAGAUGUACAUCCUCAAUGAGACCUUCACAGAUCCCUCCAUCGUUAAGGUUUUUCAUGGCGCUGACUCGGAUAUUGAGUGGCUACAGAAGGAUUUUGGGCUGUAUGUUGUGAACAUGUUUGACACUCACCAGGCUGCGCGUGUGCUCAACCUAGGCAGGCAUUCCCUGGACCACCUGUUAAAGCUGUACUGUGGCGUCGAUUCUGACAAACAGUACCAGCUGGCAGACUGGCGAAUAAGACCGCUGCCGGAAGAGAUGUUCCAGUACGCCCGUGCAGACACCCAUUACCUGCUGUAUGUGUAUGACCGCCUGUGCAAGGAGCUGUAUGAGUGUGGCAACGAGCAGCCGGCCCUCUUGCAGAUGGUCUGGCAGAAGAGCAGGGACGUUGCACUCAAGAAAUACACCAAGCCCAUCUUCACGGAGGAGUCGUAUCUGGAGCUGUACAGGAAGCAGAAGCGGAUGUUCAAUGUGCAGCAGCUGGCAGCCUUGCGCCUCUUGUUCGCCUGGAGGGACAAGCUGGCCCGACAAGAAGACGAGAGCACGGGGUAUGUCUUGCCUAACCACAUGCUGAUUAAAAUUUCAGAAGAGCUGCCAAGAGAACCCCAGGGCAUCAUUGCCUGCUGCAACCCGGUGCCGCCUCUGGUUCGCCAGCAGGUGAAUGAGCUGCACCUCCUGGUGCAGCAGGCCCGGGAGACGCCCCUGCUCAAGACAGAACCUGUGACUUCAGAAAAGAAAAAAGGAUUUACUCUCAAAAGAAAGUCCAAGAACGUGUUGUUUGGCCCUCAUGACGAUUCUCAUGUCUCUGAGGAUGACUUCCCAGAUUUCACCUCCCAUGGAGCUCCAGUGAAGCAAGGGGCGCUGUUCUCUGAGGAGACGGGAGCUUCUGACGAUUGGAGCUCUCUGCUUGCUUCCGCCAAGAUCACCAUCUUUGAACACUCUGGCACAGACACGGAGAAGAGUGGUUAUCUCACCGUCGCUCAGCAGAAGGCUCACAGUAUACUGGCGUCGUUUGAAAAUCCCUUCAGAAUGUACUUGCCUUCUAAGGAUAAUAACAUCCACCUCUCGGAAAACGCCAAGUACGACCCUUCAUCAAAAGUGUACGAGAUCAGUAACAGGUGGAAGCUCUUAAGCCAGGAGCAGCAGAAGAAGGAUGCAGAGGCAAAAGAAGAGGCAAGGAAGAAGGCCCGAGAAGCAGCCCAGAAAGCUGCAGAAGAGAGGAAGAAAGCACAGAAAAAUUACAAAGAAUCUCUUCAAAAUGUUGUGACUGUUCGUCAGCAAGCGGUGAUGGCAGCGGCUGAGCAGGAAGGGAAGAAACGUCAGCCGAAUCCCAGCGAGUCCGGUGCGGAGAUUCCCAAACCCGAGAGGAAGCGGCCCAAAGCCACUGAGCAGCCAGCGCAGCAGGGCGCUCCUGUACCGGCCGACUUCAAGCCCUUCGACUACAGCAAGUCGGAUUUCAAAGUCUUUGCCGGAGGUAAAUCCAAGGAAAGCACACAGUUUGAUCCGAACAAGCAAGCUCAGGAGCCCAAACGAAAGAAAAACCCCAAAGGGCACAGGAUGAAUUCUGCAGGGAACAAAAGCAUGUCUUACCUGGCGGGCAAGUCGGAGAGAGGAUUUAGGCACAAUUGGCCUAAGAGAUAAGACAACGAAGACCAUAUUGUACUGGAAGUAACAGGCCUUGGAUGUUGGUCUGUGGCUUUGAUUAUUCCGGACAGUUUCUUGGAUACUGAUAUUCGUAUAGUUAUAGUAAAAAAAGCUUCUUGAGGGAGCUGUAAGCUUUUUCAUAUUUAUACAUUUUGAAUUUGUACAUGACUUGGUUUUAAACUGACCAUUACUUACCAGUUGACCAACAGCCAAUUGCGUCCAUCUCUGGUUAUGGAUAUCUCUUAACUGUUCAAAAGAGAGAUGGUCUCUUCUGGUUGUUCUGGUGUUCAUGACAUGUUUUUGGUGAAGAAUGAGUCCCGUUACUUCACUGUUUUCACAGAUGUUUUUAAAAUAAAUUUGACAACGGGAUCCCCAGUGGUUUAUUGUGUCUUUGUUAGGAACAUUGACCCUUCUGUUAGGGUUAGUGUGCUCAAAAAUUAAAGUCAUGGGAAUGUUGUAAUAUUUUGAUUUUUUGCUGCAAAUUUUCACAGGUCACAGAUUUUUUUCAUUUUUCAUUUUGUUUUCAAAGUUUUUCCCUUGGUUAUAGGAAGUGGGUACCUUGAAAUUUACUCUUCUCUGUGGUUCCAAGUUGGUUUCAAGGUGGUAUUUUAGAAAUAAAGUGCACUUAAUAGAGCAUAUUAAUUUACAAGUUUUAAUCAAUUUAUUGUAAGUUUCACAACUGCACAAGGCUAGGAUAGAUCUACUGCAACACCAACAACUUGAAUAAAAGUCCAACCUCAUUUCUGCUUUACAAAAAAA